CGAAGACCAGGAGAGAGAACAAGAUCAACAACGCCUCCAGCUCGGUCACCAGAGAGGACAUCUGCGCCUCAAAACCUCAGAAAACCGGGCCGUUCCCCCUCAAAGCAGGGUGAGGUGGAGCACCCUGUUGGUUAGUUACCCAGUUGUCAUGACGACCUCACAACCCCACCAUCUCUGGAGCUGUCCUCGCGUUGCCGCGGUGAAGCGAUCCGGUCCUGAACUCCGCUCCUCUCGAUGAUCCGCAUCGGGCCGAUAAAGGAGAGCGAGAGCCGGCCGUGGCUGGGGGGGCGGAUCGCACGCGGGGCCGCGGGUCGGACGGGGAUGCUGUAGGAGAAGCGGCGUUGCCUGGAAACAGCGGCAUGCCAACGCAACAGAUAACUGUGGUUCCGGCCAAGGAGACGGCCGGCAGCGGCAGGAGUGCUGCCCGCUCCAAAGACAAGGCGGAGCGGAAGAAGGCCUCCGGGCGCUCGGGGAGUCGAUCCAGCAACAUUUCCAAGGCCAGCAACUCUACAACAGGAAUAACUACAGCCUCAAGAACGUCCAUCACCACGUCUUCUCAGGACAUAUGCAGUCUGAGCCCCCUGACCCCUCUAGAGGAGGAUGUUUCUGAAUCGCGGAAAAACAUCAAGCUCAAGCCCGCCCCGGAGACGCCCGCCCCCGGCGCCGCUCCAGAGAAGAAGCAGGUGAAGCGCCGCCACCGCCGCAAGAAGAGCGGCUGUCCCGCCGCCGCCGCCUGCGUGGAGGCCAACGGCAAACUGGAGCAGAGCGACCGCAGCCUCAGCUCGGACCGCGGCGAGCCCGGGGAGAAGAGGGAGCGCUGCGCCAAGAACCGGCGCGAGCCACCGCCUCCGCGGUCAGACUCCACCUCCGACGACGAGGCGUGGCGCGAGGCCCGCAGCUGGAGCAAAGAGAAGGCCCGGAGAGUGCGGCGCCGCAGCGGCAGCAGCCGGGAGAGGGAGGCGGCGAGCGGGGGCAAAGGAGGGGACGACAAAGCCGAGGUGGUGGAGCUGCGGUCGCUGGGCUCGGACCACGGGAAGGAGGACGGCGGCGGCCUCAAGAAGCGCCACAGUGGCGGCGGAUCCAUCAAGAGGGACGCGCGCACUCCGCAAGCGGAAGGCCCCCGCGACCGGGACCAGGAGAAGAGCCACAAGUCCGGAGGAAGCUCCUCGAUGGCGGAGGACGGCGAGGCGCUCAUCACCAGGAGCUACCAGGAAAGGGGGUCCGGGGGCGGGGACAUGGCCGUUCCCUCGCCGCAGAAAGACUGCGGGGCGAACGGAGGCGCGGUGCGGCAGUACUCAGAUGACUCCGAGAUGGAGGCCUGCAGGAUCUGCCACUGUGAGGGGGACGACGAGUGCCCACUGAUAAUGCCGUGCCGUUGCACUGGGAGCCUGAUUUUCGUCCACCAGACGUGUCUCAACCAGUGGAUCAAAUCCUCGGACACUCGCUGCUGCGAGCUCUGCAAGUUCGACUUCGUCAUGGAGACGAAGCUCAAACCUUUACGCAACUGGGAGAGGCUAAACAUGACGACGGCGGAGAGGAGGAAGAUCUUCUGCUCGGUGUUGUUUCACCUGAUAGCGUUGCUGUGUAUGUCGUGUUCAGUCUACGUUCUGGCCAGGAGAACCGAAGAAGAGAUCCGACUUGGGAAGAGCGAGUUUCGGAGAAUUGCUCUACUGAAAUACUAUACGCAUGAUGGUGUGCUGGAGUGGCCCUUCUGGACCAAGCUGGUCCUGGUGGCCAUCAGCCUCACGGGCGGCCUCAUCUUCAUGUACAUCCAGUGUAAAAUCUACCUGCAGCUGUGGCGCCGCCUCAAGGCCUUCAACCGCAUCAUCACCGUGCAGAACUGCCCCGAGAAAGAACUGCACGUCCCUCAGGCCCGGAACAGCACGCUGACCAACGGCAGGCACGAGACCGCGGAGGCCCCGGCUCCCGUCCCGGCCCCGGAGGCGCAGGCGGACUCGGACACGUCGGUGGAGGCCGCGGUGGCGCCGGCGCAAAGCCCCGUCUGAGCACAUCCCGGUCGCCACAACAACACAAGCCGGCGUGGACUCGUGCAACGUGCGAGUGGUUCUCCUCUCAGCGGUGGUUACCGAUGAUCCGAUGUCCUUCAUUGGUCUCGGGAAAGUUUGUAAAGACUGUAGUUAUGUAACAUAUUUAGUUUUACUCCCACAUGCACUUUCUCAAACCGCACUGACGAAGUUAAGAGUUGUGUACACGCUCAAGGGGCUUUUAAAGGGUGUCAGUAUGUUCCAAACAAGAGAUGUUAACAAAUAACCGUUUAACUCUUUAAGAUAUUACAUCGUAUUACGUGUCAUUUAUCCAGAGCGACUUGCAUUGCAUUCUAACGCAUGGUUUUACAUUUUUAACCCAUCCGCCCUCAUGCACACAGGAGUAGUGUCUGGCUCUAACUACUCUACUCCAUGCGCCACCCCUAUACAACAUUUAUUGAGAAAUGGUAGCAGUUAAACCGUUUAAAUAGAUUUUGAGUAUGCUCAAGAGGAGCAGCUUUUCACUUGAAGGCUGAUCCUCACAGGCCAGACUACUAGCGCCCUACGGGUCAGCUGCUCAUGCCAUUCGGUUUCACCACAUUUGGUGUCUGACAGUUGAUGGUAAAAUUGUUUGAUGCACUGAGAUAUUUUUGUAUUACUGUUAGACUGCGUAAUCAGCACUUAAACAAGACCUUCAAGGCUGGGGAAGGUCUUCGGUGGUCCUGCACCUUCUGCACCAGUUCCCCAUCAAGGAAUCGAUCGCUGCAGUUCGCUAUACUCACCAGUUUGAACACACCUAUCCGCUCAAAAUAGCAGCCGCGAGUCAGGAAGAACGCAGAUGCAGACACAGCUCCGUUGUCAUAGAGACGGGUUUUCAUGGCGUCAUUUGCACACUUGGUCAAGCAUUCUCUAAAGUGACCAAACACAGAAUAGAAGGAUUCGGAUGAUGAUCAGACAAACCGGCUCUUAAGUUCGAAUCAUACUGAGGCCUGAGCUCAGUUUCAGGUUUUCAGAAAACCAAAGAGUAAACACAAGUAAGGAAAGAGGUAUUUAGCUCAAGCUGAAUUCUGAAAAAUGUCAAGAUUAAUUUAUUAGUGUAGGUUAGAAUAAUACUUAUUUUAAAAUAGCAAAUCUAAAGUAUCCCAAAAUAUUUUUUUCAACAGUUUGCAGCUUCACACAGUUGUGUUAUAUAACAUUUAUGUCACUUUGUUAAUGGUUGCCAUCCAACCACUGAGCGGUCAGUCUAAAAAAGCAACUGUUUACACAGUGUCAUUUUUCUAAAGGUGAUAUUUGGGUUUUUUAAUCAGCGUCACAGAAAACUUCUGUCUUGUAGCCACCACGACAUAAAGCACGCAACCUUUGUUUGUAUCUCCGAUUUGGUGAAAGGGAGUGUUUCAGUUACAUACAAUUCAUAUUUGUUUGUGCAAUAAAAAAAUGAAUGUAGAACCCCUUUA